AAGUAAAAAAAAAUAAAUAAAAAAUCCACUAAUAAUAUAGACCAAUGGAACAUUCCAAAGCUCUUUGCUGAAUUUGAUACUUAAAUUCUCUUCAUUUCCCCAAUUUUCUCCUUCUCUCUCCUCCUUCAUCUUCUUCAUCCUCACAAAUUCUGCAAAUUUCAGAAUAUUCGCCUCUUUUUCUUCGUAAUUCUUCGCUUUUUUAUGCAUUUUCCACACGCUAUUAACAGGAAAAUUAUCCUAGAGAGAGAAAAAGUGAAGGAUUUUUAGAGAGAGAAAGUAAUCAUCGUUGACUGAUACUUUGCAGAAAUUUCGAUCACUGUUGAGAAAUUGAGUUUUCGCCAUUUUUGAUUGUGUAAUACCUCGAAUUUCAGCUUGAAUUUGGUGUUUGUUUGACGGAAUUUGGAUUUGUUUUUGGCUUUUGAUUGUUCGCCGGGUAUGAGGUUAGACGGAGAGAUCAAAGAAUUUGAGUAUGAAGAGGAGAGAGAAAGUGGUGAAGAAAUGAAUUCGGUUUCAAAUUCGAUUAAUUUAGGGUUUUCUCAGCAAGUUGUUGUUGGUUAUGCGUUAACGACGAAGAAGAAGCAGAGUUUCUUGCAACCUAAGUUUGAACUCAUUGCUAGAGACAAGGGGAUUAUAUUUGUUCCCAUUGACCAACACCGGCCAUUGGCAGAGCAAGGUCCAUUUGACAUUGUUUUGCACAAGCUACUGAGCAAUGAAUGGAGCCAACUUCUUGAAGAUUACAGACUCAAGCAUCCAGAUGUAAUGGUUCUUGAUCCUCCUUAUGCGAUACAAUGUGUGAGAAAUAGACAGUCCAUGCUUGAAGAUGUAGCUGCUUUGGGCUUGGCUGAUUCUUAUGGCAGGGUAUGUGUGCCUAAACAGCUGGUUAUCGAGAAAGAUCCUACGUUGAUUCCUGCCGAGGUUGCUAAAGCUGGAUUGAAACUCCCAUUAGUGUCGAAACCAUUGUUUGUGGAUGGAAGUGCAAAGUCACACGAGCUAUUCCUUGCUUAUGAUAAUGUCUCUCUAUCGAAUCUUGAGCCUCCAUUGAUUCUUCAGGAGUUUGUUAACCAUGGUGGUGUCAUGUUUAAAGUCUAUGUUGUUGGGAAUGCUAUAAAAGUUGUAAGGCGAUUCUCUUUACCAGAUGUCUGCAAGAGAGAGCUCUCAAAGUAUGCUGGGGUUUUCCAGUUUCCAAGGGUUUCAUGUGCUGCAGCAAGUGCUGAUGAGGCAGAUCUAGAGCCUGGUAUUGCUGAGCUUCCUCCAAGACCGAUGCUUGAGAGACUUGUUGGGGAACUUCGCCGCCGAAUGGGGCUUCAGCUGUUCAAUAUUGAUAUUAUCCGUGAGCAUGGGAAAAGAGAUCUAUUCUAUGUAAUCGACAUAAAUUACUUCCCUGGUUAUGGAAAAAUGCCGGGAUAUGAACACAUAUUUACUGAUUUCCUGGUGGGCCUUGCGGACAGUAAAAACCAAAAGCAGCUCGAGUUAUAAGUUCAGAGGUUAUGAAGCCAUUGGCAUAAACCUGCUUGCAGGCCAUUCCGCAGAAAAGCUGAAUACCUGUCAAGAUCUUGGAUUUUCUAAAUGCUAACUGGUAUGAAUGACCCUCCACAAAUGCUUAGCUUUUUUAGCAGUUGAAGCAUUAAGGUUCACGUGCUAGUGGCUAUUAUAUCUAGCAAUGAAGCAAACUUGUUUUAUGUAAAUAUGUAAUCAGGUAUUGUCCCACUCUUUGGGGCACUUUGAUACAUGCUCUGGAUUUGGCAGAAGCUAACUUAUUCAGAUCGUGAUUUCUGGUGGAAAUUCGGCAUGGCUGAGUGCAAUUACAAGUGAAGCUAUGUACCUAUAGUCCUCCAAUCCUGAAUUUGAUUUCCCUUCAUGAAUUCUUGAAUCUUGAUUCAAUCUAAUCCUAGCAAAUGGAGAGAAUAAAGGAUCAUCCCUUAUAAGAGCAAAAUAAUUGUGUAAUUUUUUUUUUGGUUUUGUUUUUUGUUUGAAUAGCCCUAGCCGCUAGUGCUAAACCGCCAAUCAUCAUGGUAUUCUAUUGAUUGUUCUGGUGGUAUUAGUUUUGUAGGUGUUUGAAUUUUUAAUUUUUUAUUCUGAAGGAGAUGUUCACUGGUUCUCGUUUAGCCUUUUAAUUGUUAAUUUACGAAGCCUUACAAAGGUGUAUCA